CGCGAUGCAUUUACACUUUCGUACGCAAUGGCGAGAGGCUGCAUUGCACGUUGUGAGGGUAUGCUGUAUAAUAACUCGUCGAAGGCUCGUCGAAGUGAAGCUGAAACCUGCUCAACGGGUAUCUCUGAAAAGGAAGAGUUCGGACUCUGGGUUUUGCGAAGGAUCUUCGACCCCAUCUCGCGAUUCCUUAAGCUCCUCCAGGUAGAUGAUCACUUGUACCAGUUUGCUACCUUCUCGGCACAUAACUUCUUUCGCGUCCUGGGACUGUUCAUGCGGACUCUUCCGCUUGCUCGCUUCUUCCAGCGAGUGGUCCUCCCGUACUAUUGCUGGUACAUGUUCUCACGGCGAUCUGACUCAUAUUGUUCCAUCAGCGGGACUAUCAACGCGCGGGCACGACUCUUGAAAUACGACAUCUGACCGUGAUGGGUAUUUUGUCAUGCUCGUCGCUACCCCUAUUCCUCUUUAAUGACUAUUGAUCUUGUGCUGUGUAUGCUAUCAUGUAUCGCUAACCCUGUCUUACAUACCACAUAUCAACUCGAAGAGAAACACGAAUGC